CAUUCAAGGAUAUUGAAGCAUCCCGCGAUUUCGGCAUAACCUAACCAACAUGAAAAACACCACAAGAUUAGUGCAUUUUUUCUGUAUUCUGGUGGCGAUAUAUUUACAAUCUGUCAGCUGUGCAAAUAACAAUGGAGAGUUUAAGCUAAAUCUGAGAUCAACCGACUUUGGAAACACCUUUUAUGUUGCAGGGAAGCCAUUUCCUAUGGGAACGAGUAGGAAGACUGAAGAUAUUGUAGAUUUAAGCAGAACGUUCCUUCGGGAUGGGAUGGUAGGCUCCCUGCUCCGAAACUUCGAAGAUAUGUUGAGAUUACAAAAUGCAGAAAAUACUGCUCACUUUAAAGAAUCGAAUGGAACUCAAAACACCAAUGUGUUUUCUUUACUGAAACAAAGCCGAGGUCGGUAUGAUGUGUCGCUUUAUUGUCUCAACGACACAAUGCAGGCCUUGCUGGAUAUGUUAGCACGGAAGCCGUAUGCUUUAGGAAUGUUGGACGCCGACACAAAGGUUCCUAGUGGUAUAUUACAAGGACAUUAUCUGUGGUUCGGAAACUAUGAUGAAUGCAAGGCUGUCGAGUCGCCAAUUCAACCAAACGGACAUAAAUUUACUGGGCAGUAUUGCUUAACAACUACACUUCAAUACAUUUCAGCAUUUGGAAGCAGGCCCUUACUUUUCGGUACAUGUGUACCGAGUAGCUGCAGCGAAAACGAUGUGAAGGCGUUGGUUCAGAGUUUGAUUGAUAACGGUUCUGGCGCUCCCAAACCCACUAUGGCUAUGUGUGAUAAAAAACCAACCUACAGCACCGGAGCAAUUAUAGCUUUGGUGGUAUGUGGCAUUCUCGGAAUGUUAGUGUGUGCCGGUACACUUACAGAUGUAUACCUAAGGUACACGGACGAAGGCGGACAUCGGAAGGACACGAAACGAGGAAAUAACGGAAUAGUUAUUCAGAGUAAUGAACGGACAGGACUUCUGUCCAGCGCGUCUGUAACACUCGACGAGGGUCAUUUGAUUGGUACAACUAGCCAAGGUAAAUCACAAAUCUAUUGGACACCUAUGUCCAAAUGUUCGGCAUUCAUGACGUCAUUUUCCUUCAUUAAAAACACGGAAAAAUUGAUGUCGACAUCUACAGCGUCCAGUCCACUGUCUUCUCUCAACGGCAUGCGCGUGCUCAGUAUGUGGUGGGUCAUUCUCGGACACAAUUUUGAGUUACCAAUGUCGAAUGAAACAGUCCAAAACCCUCUUCAAGCUACAAAAAUUGGGCAAAGGUUUUCCUUCCAGGCAGUUUUGAAUGGAACAUUUUCUGUCGAUACGUUUUUCUUCAUGAGUGGAACGCUUGUCACCUAUCUGUGUUUGAAAGAUAUUUCGAAAAAUCAGGGCCGAACACGAUGGGGAAUGUUUUACUUUCACAGAUUCUGGAGACUGACACCAGCCUUUGCGUUCUGUCUGAUGAUUUAUGCUACACUGACCAGACAUUUCGUUUAUGGACCUUACUCUAUUGUGUAUGAAGCCAUGAUGCAUUAUGCCCCUGACCCGUGUCAGUCGUCUUGGUGGGCAAGUCUGCUGUAUAUUCAAAACUUCUAUCCAAGCAGUGGAAGACUUGACAAGAUAUGUAUGGGCUGGACUUGGUACUUAGCCAAUGAUAUGCAAUUUUUUAUCAUCAGUCCGAUCUUCAUCGUCCUACUUUUGCGCUACCGCCGAGCAGGACUUAUUUCAUGUGUGGCAAUGAUUAUAGCAUGUGUCUUCAUACGUUUGAUGACGGCCAUAGAAUUCGGAAUGUACUUACCAAAUCAAAGUGUAACUAAGCACACCGAUGAUGUUUACGCUCAUAAUCCCACGUACAACCGGCCUUACACCAGAAUCGCUCCGUACAUGGUAGGAAUAUUGCUUGGUUAUCUGUUAUACAGCAACGACUGCAGGGCCAGACUUAACAGGGUAAAGGUUUUCAUUGGUUGGUCGUUAGCAAUCGUCCUUGGAAUGCUCCCUGUAUAUGGUCUAUAUCAUUACUAUCAUGACGUCACUAAUGAAUCCAGCUUAGCAGUAAGUGCUCUCUAUAUCAGCUGUAGCAGACUCUCGUGGGCACUUGCUAUAGCAUGGAUCAUAUACGCAUGCGCAACCGGAUAUGGUGGGCCAGUAAACAACAUUUUGUCGUGGAAGCUGUGGGCCCCUCUAGGUCGCUUAACUUACUGCGCCUACCUCGUUCAUCCAGUUAUCAUCACAGCUUAUGGCUAUAAUCAACCGGCAGCCUUCUUCUUCGGGGACGUCGUUGUAAUCUACAUGUAUCUAGGAAACCUCGUUACGUCAUAUGCCAUUGCUUACAUCGUUUCUAUGGUUAUUGAAGCGCCAAUGAUGGGUUUAGAGAAGGUGUUUUUCAACAGAUAAACAUACUUUAUCUGACAACAAGAUUUUAAAUACUCAUUA